CUCGAGGUUCCUGAGCUGGCCCAGGCCGAGUCAGUGUCAGUCAGGGAGGCGGACUGCUGAGCAGUGGGUGCGAACACUGCGUUGCAGUCUCGCCGAGGGGCUGGUGCCUGCGCUCGCGCCGCCGGGUGGGAAGGAUGAAGCCGCAGCUGGAGCAGCCACCCUAUGAUUGGCUGGGGCACUUGUGAACCCGAAGUAAAGAUGGCGGGCGGGCAGGCAGCCGCCGCACUGCCCACUUGGAAGAUGGCGGCGCGCCGCAGCCUCAGCGCUCGCGGCCGGGGGGUCCUGCAGGCGGCGGCUGGACGGCUGUUGCCGCUGCUUCUGCUGAGCUGCUGCUGCGGCGCGGGCGGCUGCGCAGCGGCGGGCGAGAACGAGGAGACUGUGAUCAUCGGGUUGCGGCUGGAGGACACGAACGACGUGUCGUUCAUGGAAGGGGGGGCGCUGCGGGUGAGCGAGCGGACCCGGGUCAAGCUGCGGGUGUACGGGCAGAACAUCAACAACGAGACAUGGUCCCGCAUUGCUUUCACAGAGCAUGAGCGGCGGCGCCACAGCCCGGGCGAGCGCGGGCUGGGGGGCCCUGCACCGCCGGAGCCGGACAGCGGCCCCCAGCGCUGCGGCAUCCGCACAUCAGAUAUCAUCAUCUUGCCCCAUAUCAUUCUCAAUCGCCGUACAUCAGGCAUCAUUGAGAUCGAGAUCAAACCGCUGCGCAAGAUGGAGAAGAGCAAGUCCUAUUACCUGUGCACGUCGCUCUCCACGCCAGCCCUGGGCGCCGGCGGCCCGGGGUCUGCGGGUGGCGCCGUCGGGGGCAAGGGCGGCUCCGGCGUGGCCGGGCUCCCGCCGCCCCCGUGGGCCGAGACCACCUGGAUUUAUCACGACGGCGAGGACACCAAGAUGAUCGUGGGGGAGGAGAAGAAGUUCCUGCUGCCUUUCUGGCUGCAGGUGAUCUUCAUUUCGCUGCUUCUGUGCCUAUCGGGCAUGUUCAGCGGCCUCAACCUGGGACUCAUGGCCCUGGACCCGAUGGAGCUGCGCAUCGUGCAGAACUGCGGCACGGAGAAGGAGAAGAAUUACGCCAAGCGCAUCGAGCCCGUGCGCAGGCAGGGCAACUACCUGCUGUGCUCGCUGCUGCUGGGCAACGUGCUGGUCAACACCACGCUCACCAUCCUGCUCGACGACAUAGCUGGCUCAGGCCUCGUGGCGGUGGUGGUCUCCACCAUCGGCAUCGUCAUCUUCGGGGAGAUCGUGCCCCAGGCCAUCUGCUCCCGGCACGGCCUGGCUGUGGGGGCCAACACCAUCUUCCUCACCAAGUUUUUCAUGAUGAUGACCUUCCCCGCCUCUUACCCCGUAAGCAAGCUGCUGGACUGCGUCCUGGGCCAGGAGAUAGGCACCGUCUAUAACCGGGAAAAACUGCUGGAGAUGCUCCGGGUCACAGACCCCUACAACGACCUCGUAAAGGAGGAGCUGAACAUCAUCCAAGGGGCUCUGGAGCUCCGCACCAAGACCGUGGAGGACGUGAUGACUCCCCUCCGGGACUGUUUCAUGAUCACCGGUGAAGCCAUUCUGGACUUCAACACCAUGUCGGAGAUCAUGGAGAGCGGCUACACUCGGAUUCCAGUAUUUGAGGGGGAGCGCUCCAACAUCGUGGACCUCCUCUUUGUCAAAGACUUGGCCUUCGUGGAUCCAGAUGACUGUACUCCCCUGAAAACCAUCACUAAAUUUUAUAACCACCCUUUGCACUUUGUUUUCAAUGACACCAAGUUGGACGCUAUGCUGGAAGAAUUUAAGAAAGGUGGGAAAUUUUGCUAUCUUUCAUUGGCUUGCUCUUUCUCUCUCCAUCCUCCUCCCUACUUGAGUCCUCUACCCUCAGAACAACCCCCCAAGGCGAAUUGACCGGAAUUUCGCUUCUCUUUUAAUUGCAAAGUUGAAAGGAUGGCAUGGAUUUGGGGAUGGAUUAAACUAGUAAGCGCUUCUAGGUUCUUUAAAAGCACAAGACUGCCAUCACUUGCUUUUUCCCAUAUCAAAAAGCAGGGUUCCUAUUUUCUGUGUAUGGUACUCUUCCCCGCUGCAGUCUGGUCUUGAGAGGUCUGCUGCAUUCAUUGCCCGGAUUCUGAGUGGGUAGAUGAAAGUAGGGACCCGCUCAUGCCGUGCUAUGCCAUUUGGUUGACAUGUACUAAUUGCAGGCAUUUGGAAAACGUUUAAACAGCUUUUCUAAACCCUAUACAAUCACUGGCGUUUCAGAGAUUGGAAGUGCAUUUUCAGUAGUUUCUGUUCCUGGUUGUCUGGUGACCUGUGGGAGAGAUUAGGGUCCGCUUUUGAGAAUAUGGUAUGGGAUAAGCCAGGUAUCACCAAAAAAAUUCACUCAUUUGGAUGACUUGCCUUAGCUAGAAAAGAGGGUUUUUUAAAAACUUAAAGCUGUGCGUUAAUAUAUAACUUGGAAAGACUAGAGGUAAGUUAACCUUUUAUGAGGCUCUAUCUUACCUAGCUUUCUUCACUAUUUGUUUAUGUUUAUCUGACAACAAAUAAAAUUUCCCAAACCAAGUGUG